AUGGCCUUUGAAGAGCGACCUGUGCGCGAGUUUCUGCUAUCUUUGCCGCGCUUAGCAGGGGAAAGUUACAACGAAGCGGUUAGCUAUCUUGUGUGGCAAACGGUGGAGCAGUGCGUGAUAGACGGCAUCCAUUCGAUAGACUGGAGUAGUAAGCAUGCUGUCUUUAAGUCCCGAAACUGGCAAACAGGUGCGUUUAUGUCGUUACAGUUACCGCCGAAUUGGCGCGCCGCUUUUUUCAAAAAUGUGGAAAUUCUCUCUGGCGCAGGUUCCAACGGUCACCGUGGGUCUAGCUGCAGCAGGAUCUGUAGGCCUCCAGAGACAGUUUACUACUGCUUUGAUUGUACACGAAACCCGCUCUAUGAGAUCUGUAGCGAGUGUUUUGACCCGCAACGGCAUGAGGGCCAUCGGUACACGUCGAGAUUGGUAACAAGGCCCGAAGGACGUGUUUGUCAUUGUGGAGAUACCAGUGUUUUAUCUGCAGCCAACGAGGAUCACGAAGGACCCCUUAGAUGUCGCAAUGCGGCCAACAAUGAUCCCAUUUCCUUGGACUAUGAGAGUGAUUCAGACCCCAAUUUGAUCAGCGUGCUUGAGCAGAUGAUCGACUACAUCAUCGACACAAUUGUCUAUUUCAAGGAGUUGUCAGAGGAUCCGGAGAGAACGAUUCUUGCUCACGACAAUGGCGUUUCGGAGUUUGUUGGAAUGGAAUACGCUUUGCAACUAAAUGGACACGACUGUAAUUGGCAUAUCAAAGACUUGGCCACAAAAAUUAGUCUUUUACUUAAUAAGCCUCUAGAAUACGGCUUAAUGAUCACAGAAAUACUUCAGCGAGGCGAUCCGUCAGUUGUCCUUGUCAAGUCUAAAAAUCUGGCAAAACUGGAAGAGGUUCAUGAUGCUUUUGCAGCAGAAAGUAUACAUUUGAAAAUCAUAACCACAUCGGAUGUGUUUAAGGAAAAGCUCGUUGACGAACUUACAAACCUUCUCUACACCCUUUGUGUUAGGAGCCCCUCGCUAAAGCUCAAAAUAUCUUUGCGCGUUGCAUUAUGUGGAACCUGGAGAUCGGGUCUUCGCUCCACCAAACACACACCUGAUGUCUUCAGUCCCUUCACCCCAACAAUAUCAUUACUAGGUGGAUUUGUAGUCCCAUUCGAACAACGGUUGACGUUUCCAUGGUUCAAGGCAUGGGAGUUUCCUCAUUCUGGAGAUAAAAAACAUGAUCCUAGCAUAUUGCGAAUCAUGAGGCACUACGAUGAGCGCUUGCGAAAAACUUCUUCUCAUGGAUUGACCACGAGGUGUGGCUUACUUGAGGGUUCAAGAUUCCAAAAUCUCCUUGUCCAAGGCUCAGGAUUGUUUCCGAACUUAUGGAAGUGUCGCCUGCUUAACAUUGUAAGUUGCGUUUUCACUAUAAUUGACGACUCACGAAAUUGCAUUGCAGCUCAAUACAUUGACAUCUAUUCUAACCUGCUUUAUAAUACCGUAGAAUCGGAUUCAGCAGGUCACAAACUGUCAAUCAUGAGCUCGCUCUCCCAACUGGUUUUUCAGGUACCGCGUGUUGCCAACAUGAUCAUCCCGUCGGGAUUUAUCGAACGAGUACUCCAGGUGGCUUUCACGCUUAUGUCCUUUCCGCCACACGAUCUAGUAGAAUGCCCACCCGUUCCACUCUAUCGUGAUUUCAAACUUCCAAAAGACUCAAUCAAAAACAAACGCAGCAUUAUCUGUUUCAAGGACAUUUACCUGGUUUUUUCAACCAACACCAGCGCAAAGCUCUUGUUAACAUCUGAAUCGAUUUUACAAUGUAUGAUAAAAUGUUUUGCAGCUUUCAGCAAUGUGCUCCCACUGACGCGUGAAACUUCAGAGCAUGUCGAGUUUGAGAAUUUCGAGUUUUCCUCCUACUACUUCUACUUUUCUUCAGUAUUAGUGAUGGUUGACGGUUUUGCAAGAAAUAUAUGCCUGCUUGAAGAUCGUGACACCCGCAUAAACAUUGUUAAGCAUUUCUUGAGCAUAUCGAUGGAAAAAGAGUUCGAGUUACUAAGGACCUCGGGUCAUGUCACUCGUGGGGUUAGUCUACUGCAAAAGGCACCAGAGCAGGUCUCGGGAUUACGUGUAUGUCACGAGAGAGUAGGCGACACGACUGCCGACAUUAUCGAUUUUGAAGUUGGCACUGCCCCCCAAACUUUUUUCAGUCCGAUGUCAUAUUUUUUUAAGUUCGUGACCUUGUGGAGUCAAUGCGGCCGUUACACCCCUUUGACCUAUCCGUUUCAUCAAUACAUGAAAAUGGAGGAAAUUUUUGCAGAUAAACGGCAAAUCAUAUGGAUGUGCGAGUCUGCGCUUAGCACUUUGGUUCUUUUAGCGCAGAUAACAUCCGGCUACUGGGUAAGAAAUGGCUCGCCAAUUCAGCAUCAAGCAAGGAUGUACACCAAGUACAGCAUGAGAGAAUUUACUUACUUCAGUGAUAUCUACAUGUUACAACUGGCCAUGAGCAUCGGCGAACCCAUUGAGUUUUUUAUUACUUACAUCUCUCGAUGGGGCUUGAAGCAAUGGGCCCAGGGAAUGCCCUCCGGUGAUUAUCCCGAUAUUGAGAUAACCACGUCAAUGGUAGAUCAGUGCUUUUUGCUGCUGAUACAUCUUUUUAGCGAAAUUCGUAAUCCCGCCAUGAAAUCGUCAAUUGAGGGGUUCGAAAUGACAAUGCAUGCAGAACUAGCCCAUGCCCUGUGCUUCAAAAACUCUACACACAGUGAACUUCUGAACAUUAUACCAGAACACGUCACUAAACACCCUGCGUUUGAUCUAUACUUGCAUGAUAUGGCGCUCUAUACACCACCAACUGAAAUGAUGGAUGCUGGCAUCUACAGUCUCAAGGAGGACUACUAUUCCAUAGUUGACCCAUAUUUUUUGGGGUACUCUUCGAGCAAACGAUAUGAGGCUGAGAAAUUAAUUCGAAGUAGAGCUGCGGCGAGAUUGAAAUGCGAUUACUCGCAAACUUUCAUACCGGCAAAAGAAUGCUGCUCAAAAUUGAGGUCAAGUGUUUUCUGCAAGCUCUACCAAAUAUCAGGCACUGACGUCUUUUGGCAAUUUAUAAAAAGGACGCUCGACCACAUAGUAAAUCUCAAUCACGACGUGCUUUUGGGCAAAGUAACACAUCUCAUCCACCUCUGUGUUGUGAAUUAUAUUUCGGGUUUCUCCUCUCUUUUCUGGAAAGAAUUUGACUGCCUGGGUUCACAAGAUCCCUAUUACAACAGCAUCGGUUCCAUUUUGUUUUCUUUCCUAUCAAAUGACGAUUUUAUCAAUGAACAUGGAAAAAUACGCGAAAUCUAUCGCUGCUUUACUGAGAAGGCCCCUCAUGUUGAUAUCACUGCGUUUUUGUCAGAACAGACGCCGUCGUUAAAUUUUGAUCUGCUAAGAGGGUCUAUGGAAAACAAUGAGAAGAAAGAUGAGGGUGUCGAAUCAAGAAAACAGCUGGCUAAAGCGAAGAGACUCAAGUUUAUGAGAAGAAUUGCCAAGCAACAGCAAAAAUUCCUUGCCAACAAUCAAGUGUCACUUGAUUAUAAGACAGCUCUACCCUGUCAUCAGCAUGCACUCGAAGACGAGUGGAUUCCUCCGGAGCUGAUGUGCGUUUUCUGCAAAAUGGGCAAAGAGGAUGAUCCUUUUGUUUAUUUCAGUUUUGUGGAGAGGAAUAUUUGUGAAUUGCUAUUUUGCGCAGACGGUCAGGACGCCGAAGGCUUUGAUAGAGAAAUUAAUGUGGAUGGGGCGGUCAAAAAAAGCAUGGAAACAGGUCCUGUUAUUCGCACAUGCGGCCAUGGUUCUCACGAAAGUUGCUUAGUGAAUCAUAUGAAGUCUGUCAGAACUGUGCAUAAUCAUAUCACCAAAAAUGUUCCAAAUGAGCUAGGGUUCUCCUUGUUCUUUUGCCCAUUAUGCUCAUCGUUAUCGAACUCUUUCUUGCCGUAUAUCCCACCGCAUUACAAGAGUGGUAACGCAGAGAAUAAUCUUGAAGAGAAGCUAUCGAAGUCAUGCUACAAAUCCGCGAUGAUCCUGGAUCGACUUUUUCAGGAUAAAGAAAGUAGACCUAUGGUCCACACGGACGUGAUCAGUAGCAUUAAGGCCAACACAAUCAAGAACGCAGAAAUGGCGUCUAGACUCAACAGGAAAACGAAGGAAGACGGCAAUGCACAUGGAAUCUUUCUUACAAAUCAGCAUAUGGUCUCGUUGAAACUCCUUUCGGAUCUGAAACAAUUUCUUGGCAAGCCGUUAAAUUCGCACCAACAAGAGUCAAUUGAUUCUCGGGUUACGCUCGAGUUGUUGAACCCCCUCGACGGGCGCAUUCAAUUUGGUGUAAUUGCUCUUGAAGCCAAACCGCAGGCAUUACGAGACUUGACGUCGUCCGAAAGUGGGGCUACAAUGCAAAUCCCUGAUCAUGUCAAACAUUGUCUUCUCCAAGAUGUGCUAUUUUUGACAACAUAUGCGACCCGCCUUGGUGAGUUAUCAUGUAAUAAAGCCGUCCAAGAUCGCUCAUGUUUGAACCCAAGUCCUGGUGAACUUGAGGAGUUACAGAUCUUUUCAGCGCUCGUAAAGCGUAUCCCAAAGUUACAAGCGAUUGAAAAACGGGGUCAAGCCAAGCCAGAGCUCGCGCAUGUCUUUAGAAUGCUGCGAGAUUCCAUGACUGUUAGAAUGAGGAGAGUAGGUGCUUUAAUGUACUUACAGGGCCUUUCCAAGAAGCCUAAAAACAGUUUUGGUAUUGAUUUCAAUAAUUUGGACUAUUUACUUGAGUUCUGCGGCAUGAGCUCAUUCAGUGUUUUAUUAAAGACCUUGAUGGAGAGCACACUAGAGCGAACAUUUUCUCGUAAUGAAGUUGACGGAGACAGCUUUGGCCUGAAACUGUGUUGUUACGACAGAAAUCCUAUGAUAGAGUUGCCUGAUUCUUACACGCAACUGAUGGACACCAACUGCAACGGCUAUCUACUCAAAACUAAGAGGGAGGAGACUGCGAUCUGUUUGUUGUGUGGAGUUCAUGUUCGUGUGCAGAAUCCUGUGGCUUUGCAAAGUUAUUCGAUUGGAGAGUGCACUGAUCAUUGUCUCAAUGAUUGCCCAUCAGUCUCUGGUUUUGGAUGUUUUCUGCUAACACUAAGCAACACAGUAUACUUGGCAUACGGCCAUAGAGGAACGUUUUAUCAGGCACCAUUUUUGAACCAGCAUGGGGAGACCGACGAGGAUUACCGCAACGGGGCGCCCGUAUUUCUCAGCAGAGAACGAUAUUUACAUUUAAGCCAGGACGUGGUAUUGGGCAACAUGAUUCCCCAUCUCGUUUACAGAUUGACGGACAACUCCUCGGACCUGGGAGGAUGGGAAAGCAUGUGA